GAAAGUUGUGCGAAACGAAGCCCAGAGGCCCAGAAAGCCGCGUCGCGGGGGAGCAGGGCUUGGGCUCCUCCUCCCGGAGCUGCGCAGCCAGGAGCAUCCCGGAGGAGGGCGACCCCCGCACGUCCCAACUUCCCGCCGCGAGCCGAGCGUGGGGUGGGGGGCGGGGUUGGCGGCGCUCCCUCCCGCUCCCCCGUCCCCUCCCCCGCGCUCUCCCCACCCACUUCCCUUUCUCCGCCGGGCAGCCCCGCGGGCGCGACCUCUGCGGGCAGUGACGAGCGGGGAGGAGCCCGCCGCUGCCGCCGCCGCCGCCGCCGCGGGGGGAGCCAUGACCCGGCCCCGCCGCACCCCGAGCCCGCCCCCGGCUGCCCGCAGCCCCAUGGGCCGGCGGCGGGAGUGAGCGGGAGCGGCGGGCGAGGAGCCGCCGCCCGGCCCGCGAUGUCACCAUUGUUCAGCUGGGUGGCCAAGGUGCCUGAGAUCAUCAGCUCCAUCCGACAGGCCGGGAAGAUUGCCCGCCAGGAGGAGCUCCACUGCCCGUCGGAGUUUGACGACUCCUUUGCCAAGAAGUUCGAGGUGCUCUUCUGCGGCCGGGUGACGGUGGCUCACAAGAAGGCCCCGCCAGCCCUGAUCGACGAGUGCAUCGAGAAGUUCAAUCACGUCAGUUGCAGCAGGAAAGCCGAAUUUGACUUGGGGUCUCAGAAUUCGGAAACAACCAACCCUGAUGGAGGGUUUUCCCUCACGGAUAAAUUCCGGUCUGUGCUCCAGCCGGUGGGGAAUGGCGAGCAGGGCCGGAGGCCCAUGCGCAAGUCCUUCUCCCAGCCUGGGCUGCGCUCUCUGGCUUUUAAGAGGGAGUUUCAAGAUGGAGGCCUUCGAAGUAGUAGUAGUAUCUUCAGCUCUUUUGAGGAAAACGACAUCGAGAACCACCUGAUUAGUGGACACAAUAUUGUGCAGCCAACAGAUAUUGAGGAAAAUCGAACUAUGCUCUUCACGAUUGGCCAAUCUGAAGUUUACCUCAUCAGUCCUGACACCAAAAAAAUAGCAUUGGAGAAGAAUUUUAAGGAGAUAUCCUUUUGCUCUCAGGGUAUUCGACACGUGGACCACUUUGGCUUCAUCUGCCGAGAGGCUUCGGGAGGUGGAGGUUUUCUCUUCGUCUGUUACGUGUUUCAGUGCACAAACGAAGCUCUGGUGGAUGAAAUUAUGAUGACCCUGAAGCAGGCUUUCACGGUGGCUGCGGUGCAGCAGACGGCCCGAGCCCCCGGCCAGCUGUGUGAGGGCUGCCCUCUGCAGGGCCUGCACCGGCUCUGUGAGCGCAUAGAGGGGUUGAGCUCUUCCAAAACCAAACUAGAACUCCAGAAGCACCUGACCACGUUAACUAAUCAAGAGCAAGCAACUAUUUUUGAGGAAGUUCAGAAAUUGAGACCAAGAAAUGAGCAGCGAGAGAAUGAACUGAUUAUAUCUUUCCUGAGAUGUUUAUAUGAGGAGAAACAGAAAGUUCACAGCCAUACUGGGGAGACAAAGCAGACAUCACAGAUUGCAGCAGAGAAUAUUGGAAGUGAAAUCGCACCCAGUGCCACUCGAUUUAGGCUAGAUAUGCUGAAAAACAAGGCAAAGAGAUCUUUAACAGAGUCUUUGGAAAGUAUUUUGUCCCGGGGUAAUAAAGCCAGAGGCCUGCAGGAACAUUCUGCCAGUCUGGAUCUGGACAGCUCCGUGUCCAGCACAUUAAGUAACACCAGCAAAGAGCCGUCUGUGUGUGAAAAGGAGGCCUUGCCCGUCUCUGAGGGCUCCUUCAGGCUCCUUGGCUCUUCGGAUGACCUGUCAAGUGACUCGGAGAGCCAUCCCGCAGAAGAGCCCGCCCCGCUCUCCCCGCAGCAGGCCUUCAGAAGGCGUGCAAACACCCUGAGUCACUUCCCUGUGGAAAGCCACGAACCUCCGGAACCUGCCCAGGGGUCUCCAGGGGUCUCGCAAAGAAAACUUACGAGGUAUCACUCAGUGAGCACAGAGACGCCUCAUGAACGAAAUGUGGAUCAUCCACCUGUUGGCGAGUCUAAAAGUUGCUCAGGUCAGUCUUCAGCUCCUGCUCCUCCACCUCGUCUUAACCCCUCCGCCUCCUCGCCAAAUUUUUUUAAGUACUUAAAACAUAACUCAAGUGGAGAACAAAGUGGGAAUGCUGUGCCAAAGAGCAUCUCCUACCGUAAUGCCCUGCGGAAAAAACUUCAUUCUUCUUCCUCUGUGCCAAAUUUUCUAAAAUUUCUGGCUCCUGUAGAUGAAAAUAACACCUCUGACUUUAUGAACACAAAAAGGGACUUUCAAUCCAAAGCCAACCAUCUCGGGGAUGCCAGUGGGACCCCCGUAAAGACACGGAGACACUCGUGGAGGCAGCAGAUAUUCCUCCGAGUGGCAACCCCCCAGAAAGCGUGCGAUUCUCCCGGCAGAUAUGAAGAUUAUUCAGAGCUGGGAGAGCUUCCGCCGCGAUCUCCGUUAGAGCCGGUUUGUGAAGAUGGACCCUUUGGCCCAGUACCAGAGGAAAAGAACAGGACAUCUCGCGAGCUCCGAGAACUGUGGCAGAAGGCUAUUCUACAACAGAUACUGCUGCUCAGAAUGGAGAAGGAGAAUCAGAAGCUGCAAGCUUCUGAAAAUGAUUUGCUGAACAAGCGCCUAAAGCUUGAUUAUGAAGAAAUCACUCCUUGCCUUAAAGAAGUAACUACUGUGUGGGAAAAGAUGCUCAGCACUCCAGGAAGAUCAAAAAUUAAGUUUGACAUGGAAAAAGUGCAUUCGGCAGUUGGGCAAGGUGUGCCACGUCAUCAGCGGGGUGAAAUUUGGAAAUUCCUAGCACAGCAAUACCACCUUAAACACCAGUUUCCCAGUAAACAGCAGCCAGAGGACACGCCGUACAAAGAACUCUUAAAACAGCUCACCUCCCAGCAGCACGCAAUUCUUAUCGACCUCGGACGAACCUUUCCAACGCAUCCAUACUUCUCUGCCCAGCUAGGAGCAGGGCAGCUGUCCCUUUACAACAUUUUGAAGGCCUACUCGCUUCUAGACCAGGAAGUCGGAUAUUGCCAAGGCCUCAGCUUUGUAGCAGGCAUUCUGCUGCUUCACAUGGGUGAGGAAGAGGCGUUUAACAUGCUCAAGUUUCUGAUGUUUGACAUGGGUCUGCGGAAACAGUACCGGCCGGACAUGAUAAUUUUACAGAUCCAGAUGUACCAGCUCUCGAGGCUUCUUCACGACUACCACAGAGACCUCUACAACCACCUCGAGGAGCACGAGAUCGGCCCCAGCCUCUAUGCCGCCCCCUGGUUCCUCACCGUGUUUGCCUCACAGUUCCCACUGGGAUUUGUGGCCAGAGUCUUUGAUAUGAUCUUUCUUCAGGGAUCCGAGGUCAUGUUUAAAGUGGCAUUAAGUUUGUUGGGAAGCCAUAAGCCCUUGAUUCUGCAGCAUGAAAACCUGGAAACCAUAGUUGACUUUAUAAAAAACACACUACCCAACCUGGGCUUGGUGCAAAUGGAAAAGACCAUCAAUCAGGUGUUUGAGAUGGACAUCUCUAAACAGUUACAAGCUUAUGAAGUUGAGUACCACGUGCUUCAAGAAGAACUUAUCGAUUCCUCCCCUCUCAGUGACAACCAAAGAAUGGACAAAUUAGAGAAAACCAACAGCAGCUUACGCAAACAGAACCUUGACCUCCUUGAACAGCUGCAGGUGGCAAAUGGUAGGAUCCAAAGCCUCGAAGCCACAGUUGAGAAGCUUCUGACCAGCGAAAGCAAGCUGAAGCAGGCCAGCCUUGCCCUAGAGCUGGAGAGGUCAGCCCUGCUGCAGAUGGUGGAGGAGCUUCGGCGGCAGACUGCACAGCCAGGCGGUGCCGAGCCUGACCUCACACAGCCCGAGCCCACAGGCGACUGACAGCACAGAGGACAGCAUCCUGCCAGAGCAUGGCUCCCGAGGAGACCCUGCAACACCAUCCCAACACUGUCCAGGCCUUAAUUGAGAAACACAGAGGAUGCUGGAGGGAGAGAACGAAGCGUGAAGCGUGCUUCUCAGGGAGGAAACUGGCUUGCCAGCAUGCAGAUUCUUCUAAACUAAAACUUGCAAUUCAGGGGGGCGAAUGUCCCGGUGUUUUUGUUGUUGUUUAGGUUCUAAUUUGUCCCUUCUCUGGUCCUGAUUCCUGUACUCAGUAGAUUUAGAUGGCAUGGACAUGAAUAAAUGCACCUUUGUGUUUC